ACUUAAAGCCUUCACCCAACUUCUGCACUUCUCUCAUCUCUGUCUCUCUGUCACACACACAGACACAUUCUGUAAUGGAGAGGAACCAGAUGCACAAACACAUUUUCCUCAUGAGGCAAUCCUUCUUUGAUCAGGGACUGCUUGACGACCAAUUUAUCCAGCUGGAGGAGCUGCAAGACGACGCUAAUCCUAACUUUGUGGAGGAAGUUGUUACACUAUAUUACCGGGAUUCAUCCAGGACUAUACUUAACAUAGAACAAUCACUAGAGAAGAACCCUCUUGACUUCAAUAAGCUGGACAACUAUAUGCAUCAGUUCAAGGGGAGUAGCACCAGCAUUGGGGCCAAAAAGGUGAAAGCUGAGUGCACACAGUUCAGAGAAUAUUGCAGGGCAGGAAAUGGAGAAGGAUGCAUGAGGACUUUCCAACAACUGAAGAAAGAAUAUGCCAUUCUCAAAAAGAAGCUAGAAACUUAUUUUCAGCAAACAAGACAAGCUGGGCCCUCAGAGACAGCAUGUCGCCCUAGGAUGAACUGAUGGCACAUGGCAGAGAAGGAUCCGACGUGACAAGAUGUGAAUGGGCCAGUUUCAAUUAACAUGUUUCAUGUUCUAACCCACCAAAUGAAUGGAAGUGCUUAGUGUCUAGUGGGAUUAUGAUGUAGGCUAUGUUUUUCUUUAACGAUAAUGCUAUGUUUGUUUUGCUC